AGAAUUUGGCAUUGCCAAGCAUAGACAAAAUUGCUCCAUCGUACUCAGGGAACAUGGAGGUAACCCACCGGCCCUAUCAGACAGGGCCCCUCGACUCGAAGACCUCGACCCGUCUCCUCACUCUGCACCGCGGCUCCGGAGAGGAUCCGAUAAAAUGCAGCCUUACCACCGUUGAUCUGGAGACGAAACCCCGAUACAAGGCUCUAUCAUACUGCUGGGGCUCGCCCGAUAAUUCGAAACAAUUACUUCUCGAUGAGCAUUUCGUUGAUGUCCGCGAGAAUCUCUGGUCGGCUCUGUGGCACUUGCGACUCCCCAACGGAAACCGAAUUCUCUGGGUCGAUGCGCUUUGUAUAAAUCAAAGCGACUUUUUAGAGAGGAAUCACCAAGUCGGCCUGAUGAGCACGAUUUAUUCGAAAGCAGAGUAGGUCAUCGUUUGGCUAGGCCCUGCUUCGGAAGACAGCGACGUUGGCAUGAAAUGCAUCUCGCUCAUUCACUGGGACAAAUCGCCAACACUAGAGGAGUCCCAAGCAAUGAUCAAACUCCGUGAAAGGGAGUAUUGGCACCGGAUGUGGGUUCUGCAAGAAUUCGUGCUGGCGGGUGACAUGACUGUACAUUGUGGCUCCAAGUGUGUUCCCUUGAAGGCGUUUGCAGCAUACUCCAAGCGGAUCGCGAUGAAGAACGUAUUCAAAAUAUUCGAUGACGUUGACUUUGCCGCCAUACACUCUCUCAUCGGCUAUCGAAAUUAUCAGCUUGCAGGAAGGUUUGACGAGAAUACAUUACUGGCUCUCCUUGCCGCGUUCAACGAUCGCCAAUGUGUUGACCCGAGGGACACGGUCUUCGCACUUCUCGGCAUGGCUUCAGACUGCAGAGGUUUGGACCCCCAAUUUGCCCUCACCGCAGAUUACUCUCAGACGCUCUUCAGCGUGUACAUGAAUGUAUUCAAGUUUUCCUGUGAGCGUCUGACACGCGAUGGGCAGCGGUUGGACGGAGGGGACCAGUUAGGCCAAGAAGAGAUCUAUAGCCAAGUGCUACAACUGUUUCUACAGUGCUGCACUGCCACUUCUCCUGGCAAGACCAGGAGAUUCAAACCGCCAUGGGUCCCAGGACGCGGGUUCGAGCUCUUCGACCUUGCAACACGGAAAAACAAAGGAUUAUAUGGGCAAGCAAAGGGGUCCCUGCAAAAAUUUGGUUGGAGGGAAGGAAUGGAGAUCAAUACUGUGGGAGCACGUACGGAAAUCUCGUUGCUCUCGUUCCUGAUAGCCGUUGUCAUGGUCAAUAACAAUAGAUGAUUACGAGAUUAAUUAGAUGCCUCAGGCACUUAUUUAAGGGAUAUCAGCUUUACUGACUUUAAAUUCACUUUGAAAAUUCACUUUUUG